UCCUACAUUUUCUCCUAAACGUAACAUCAACUUUUCAUUUAACUCCACAGGUGGAUCAGAUUUUUAAUGGCAGAUUCUGAUUCCGAGACCAACUUCGUGAAGGAAUUUCGGAUUCCUAAUUACAUAAUAUCACCUGAAUUAAACGAUGAGAUUCACCAUGAACCCAAGUAUCCAGUGAUAAUCUUCAUCAACUCCAAAAGUGGUGGUCAAUUGGGCGGCGAUCUUCUUCAGACCUACCGUUCUAUUCUCAAUGAAAAUCAGGUCUUUGAUUUGGGGCAAGAAGCUCCUGAUGUGGUGCUGCGCCGAAUUUACGUGAAUCUUGAAAGGCUCAAGAGUGAAGGAGAUAAGCUUGCUAAACAUAUUGAGGAGAACUUGAGAUUAAUUGUUGCAGGAGGUGAUGGAACUGCUGGGUGGCUUCUUGGAGUUGUUUCUGAUCUCAAGUUGUCUCGUCUACCACCAAUUGCAACAGUGCCCUUGGGAACAGGAAAUAAUCUUCCAUUUGCAUUUGGCUGGGGGAAGAGAAAUCCUGGGACUGAUCGUCGCUCAGUGGAGUCAUUUUUAGCUCAAGUAAAGGAUGCAAAGGAAAUGAAAAUAGACAGCUGGCAUAUUGUGAUGAGGAUGCCGCCUCCAAAAGAAGGUUCAUGUGAUCCCAUUCCGCCUCUUGAAUUACCACAUUCUCUUCAUGCAUUUCAACGUGUCUCUGAGACAGAUGAGCUAAACCGGGAGGGUUAUAUUACUUUUCGUGGGGGAUUUUGGAACUACUUCAGCAUGGGAAUGGAUGCUCAAGUAUCAUAUGCUUUUCAUUCUGAGCGGAAGUUGCAUCCUGAGAAAUUUAAGAAUCAGUUAUUUAAUCAGGGAACAUAUGCGAAGAUUGGGUGUACCCAAGGCUGGUUUUGUGCUUCCCUUUUCCAUCCCUCUUCCCGGUAAGUAUAGAGAUGGCCAA